AUGGGAUUAUUUUCAUUAACCACCAACACAACAAUAACUAACAUACAAUGGCAUACAUAUCCAAUUUUUGUGUUUCUAUUAUUACUAUGUUUAUUUACUAUAGUAGGAAAUUUAUUAAUAAUAUAUCUUAUUAUUCGUGAAUUUACAUUACAUACAUCUAAAUAUUACUAUAUUGCAUCAUUGGCACUUGCUGAUCUCUUAGUUGGUUUAAUAGUGAUGCCUUUUGCAUUUAUAUUUACAUUGACAAAUGAUGAAUAUUGGUUGUUUUCAAAACAUUUGAGAUUUCUAUGUGAUUUUUGGCAUUCAAUAGAUAUAUUUGCAUCAACAGCAUCUAUAUUAGGACUGUGUACUGUUGGAUUAGAUCGAUAUGUAGCCAUUACAAAACCAAUGAAAUAUCCCAAUUCAUUUAUAUCAAAGAGAUGGUAUUAUAUGGUAUCAUUCAUAUGGAUAUGUUCAGCAGUGAUAUCAUUUCCAGCAGUAAUUCAUCUUGGAACAAAACAAGUAUCUUCUCGUACGUAA